UUGUAAAACGUCUCCGCUUGCUCAUAAGGAGCUGCCUUUUUCGAUGUCACCUCAGCCGUUUUGAAUUUCGUUGACUUUUGGGGGUUGUACUGUACGUCUGCACAUCGGUUGUCGAGCUGACAAUUAAAUAGGGCACGAUUGCCGCAAGAAGUGAGGGGGGGUUAUAUCCUAAAGACGCACGGUUAUUUCAGGCAGGUCCAGCAGAGGGGCAUACAGAGCUGGGUCCUCUCUACAGACCCUAUUGAACCAUAGAAUCAGUGGCUUUGCUUUUAGCUGACGGCUUGAUAAUGUCUUGGAGCGAACAUUCUUCGGGACUUCUGGGAACUCUGUCCUUGCUGCUCAUCACGAUCGGCUGUGUGCGUGCACAGCAUCAGUCGCUGGCCAGUCGAUAUCAGAGGCCCCGAAUCGAAUCUUGGUUGUGGCAGGAGAGUACAACGUGAGUGGUAUCGACAUCGAUCCUUUGACUGGCGCCCAGCAGGAGCAACUCAUCAACAUAGACGCCGCGUAUUUCCACCCCGACUACCCGUACAGGUCUCAGGCGUCGCUGGUCCGAGUACUUCAGACAGCAAAGGCUGUGAACAGCAAUGGCACCGCUUUGCUCCACCUCAGCCGGCCAAUCACUGGAAGCUGCUCCGGAAUCGUAUGUCUGCCAACGGAAGAGGAAGCAGCCAAUGACUGUGCAUCUUACGAUCAGUGCGUUAUGCUUGGUUGGGGCUUCAACAAAGCUGACUUCACAGGGAUAGAUGAUAACCUUCUACUUGGCAAUAUCCAGCUCACAUCGAAGACUGCCUGCGACGUCCUGACUACCAAACUUGGCCUGACUGGAAUUCGCCCCGCGGGCUCCAUUUGCCAAAGCCCUCGGAGCACCAACACUGACAGUUGCCAGGGUGACGAAGGAGGCCCCAUCUUGUGCUCCAAUGGCGUGAACUGGGUUGUUCGUGGCGUCAUUCCCUUCAACUUGUGCAACAACGGCAGAUUUAACUUCUACGUCACAGAAGUGGCCUCUUCCCUCGACUGGAUCAAGAGAAUAACAAGGCUGCCUUAAGAUAAUGUCGUGAAUUGAAACUAAUCACAAUGUAUGGCUAAGUACAUCGAAAACUGCGAGGAAGUCUUUUGAUCUCUGAAUAUUUGGCAGGUGAUAGUCUCAUUUAUACAAUUCUGAAUUCGCAGUCUUUACUAUUGUUAUUGCCAAUAAACGAACGAAAGACAAAGCAAAAGAAAACUAAAAAAAGACGAACGAAAAGUCUCCCAUUUCAUACGCUGAAGCUCUAAGGCAGAAGGGAAAAUAAAUUUUGUUCUUGGUUUGCUGGAACAAACAUUAAAGUUAUAUGUGCAUGGAAA